UGUCGCGACGGGUUGCUCAGCUGCUUCGUAACGAAAAUAUCAUACAGUGGUAUUUCGGUGUCCCCAUCGAUUUCUAAACGGUGGAAUCCGUCUAGUGUUUGGCUUUCCGGUUCAAAAUUUCAACACUGUAAGCAUCAUCCUCCACUUUCUUGCCCGAUAAAUCACGCCUAAAUUUCAUCGGAAAACGUCAUCAAGUUCACGCGAUCGUAAGCAGAUCACCAUCAUCUCAUCACUGCGUACAUUCCGUCAAAGGUAGAAAAAGAAAGCCACGAAUUUUUUCUCACGCUAAGACGACAUCCAGCGAACGUUUCCGUUCCGGUGUUCACAAGUGUCUUAACGAGACGUGCCCCGCCUUUCAGAGCAUUAACGCUCUAGCCCGCGCUGCGAAAGCGCCAAGUUAAGCUCGUUUAUUUCCGGUACGGCCCAGACGAAGAAGAAUUUCUUCACGAUUUCUUUUUGAGAGGUGACCCAACAUGGCCUACUAAACGAAAAAAUGAAGCCGCAACGCAACGAAUGCCUGUUACCUUCCGCCGUCGCUAGCGUCAGCAGCAGCCACCGCAGCCGUCGUCGCUGCACUCCCACCGGGGCGACCCACCCCCGCACUGAAGAAGCGAAAGGCUCUUUUGGCCUCGCCGUAGAAGUUUCCGUGGUUUCGUACUUUGUAACACCGUUUGAAAGCCUCCCUCAUGGAGAAGAAUCGCUAUACGAAUCAGAAUCUGUCCAAGGGGCAGGUUUCUGAGACGAAGAAAAGUCAAGUAGAUGUUUCCGUCAAGUGGCCUCGCCAGUCGAAACGUCGCGGCGACCAAUCGGACACUGGCAACCAUCGGCACGGGGCCGGUUCCGGAAAGCAAGUGCCGAAUCAGGCAAACAAAACUCGUAAUCAAAACAACUACAACUAUGACGCCCGCCAACGUUCUCAGCGCCCACCGAAGGUACUGCCGGAUGGUGACGUCGGCGAGGGUGAUUCCGCCGGACUCGUUGCUGGUGGAACCGCCGGGCUAGACGACCAGGCUCGACAGAACCCGCCGACGGGAUACGGCGCGCGGGGAGAAUUGCAUUCGGUGUUUUCACCCGGUUCGAAGAAGCAGAGUCUGAACCACCUGCUGAACUUCCACUAUGCUCCGCGGGAUCGCGACCAACCGGCUCGGUUUUCCCGCACCGGUAACAACGGUUACAUGCGGAAGCACCUUACAUCGACCAGCUACAACAAGGAUCAGUUCCUGCAGGCCAACUGCCAGUUUGUGGUGCGUGCAGAUGAAGACUACGGGGCACUGUUGGCCGUACCUGAUCAGCUGGUCGAGUGGGGCAAGAUAGAACAGAUCCACGUUCUGAGCUCGGAGGAGCCACGCUGUCCGAUAUGCCUAUAUCCACCAGUGGCGGCGAAGAUGACCAAGUGUGGCCAUGUUUACUGCUGGCCAUGCAUCCUACACUAUCUGGCGCUCUCGGAUAAGGCAUGGCGCAAGUGUCCGAUCUGUUACGAUGCGAUCCACCUGCCGGAUCUACGCCCGGCCGUUUCCAAGCCGUUCCAUGCGUUCGGCAACGGAGAAUACGUAACGCUGCAGCUGAUGCGUCGCGAGAAGGGCACGAUGACGGUGGUACCGGUGAUGGAGGAGGGAGCGAUCAGGAACAACUAUAACUGCGAGAUUCCACACUUUGACGCCAUCGGAGGAAAUAACAUCCUCACCAAGCUGCUGAUAACCGAUACGGAGCAGAUGCUGAACAUAAUGGACCGCGAACGAAUGGAGCUGGAGAACCAGCUCGUAGCGGAUGGUGCCGAUGCACCGGAAAUUGUUUUCGUCCAGCAAGCUCUCGAGCUGCUUGCGGAGAAACGCGACAAGCUGGUCUCUACCACGGUGAUCGCUUUUCCCGUGGCAAAGAAAGACGAUCGUGCCGCUAUCGAUUUACCAUCACCGCCGGUGGAACACGAGAAGCAUGUUGAAUCCGUCGAUUCGUCGGGCGAAGAGACAACUGUACCCACGUCGCCCGACUUUGUGAUCGAUGAGGAUAGCAACUUCACCGUCGGUGACAUCGACAUCGUACCGACAGCGCAAUGUGCCGGACAGCACUACUACUUCUACCAAUCGGUUGACGGGCAGCCCCUGUUCCUGCACUCCAUCAACAGCCGCAUGCUUCAGGCCACUUAUGGGAGCCUCGAUCGGAGCCCCCGGCGUGUUACGGGUCGUGUCGUGCACAAGGAUUCCUGCUCGAUGGACGAGAACCUCCGACGUCGUCUGAAGUACCUCCAGCAUCUGCCCGUCUGCACGCAGUUCGAAGUGGUCGAGCUGGACUUUGGUGCACAAAGUGAUGGACCCGUCUCGGGUGAAGUGUUGGCACAGUUUCAGGACGAGCUGACAAGCCGUCGGCGGACGCGUCAGAAACGUGAAAGGGCGGAACAGAAACGCGAAAAGCAAAUCUUUGAGUUCAACGAACGUCAGCUCGGGAAGGCGAUGGCACGGUCGGCGCGUAUUUCCAUCAAUUCGACCAAGCAGUUCCCUACGUGUGGCACAAACGAGUCGUACGAAGAACCUUCGCCUCUUGGGUCCAGUCCCGUCCCGAGCGAUAUUUCCAGUUCUUCCGGAUCUAGCACCAACACUGGACUUCCCUCUUGGUCGAAGAUGGUUUCGACUCAAGCACCCACCAACAACCAACGUUGGCCAACGCUUGGAGGUGCUGCCGCAGGCCCCUCGACGGUCACUUCUGCUCAGAAAGUGGUCCAGGUUACUGGCAGUCGCAUGACAUCUACCGCGGGAACGUCACGUGGAGCUGCUUGGCAUACGCUUGCACCAAUGUCCGACGUCGAUGAGGACGAGAACGAUGAAGAUGUGCUGGCCGCUCGGGCGCCACGCUUCAAUAAUAACCUUGGACGCGCGAUUGAGGCCGCCCUCGAGAAGGUUUCGCUACCGCGCGCUACAGAAGGAUCGGCCACCAACGGUGGUGGAGGCAAGCGUAAGAAGAAUAAGAAAACACUCCUCUUCGCUUCUGGGAUGAAUUUAAGUUAGAUCCAAAAAUAACUUCGUUUUGUUUCAAUGUGCGUACCGUUUUGUUCAUGUAAAAUUUUAGAUUUAAAUUUAUUGUCAUUUUCUUUCCAGUAAGUCUCAGUCUUUGUCCGAUUAUAAAUCCACCGACUACGUGUAAAACCUAACAUCGGGAACAAGUUUUCUAAGAUUUGGUUCUUACGGUAAAACGGUAACGGAUAAUGAAGGUUACGUAGUUUUUAAUUUUGAAACUCGGAAAGUAAGAUUGUCCUCGUUUAUACUUUUGCUUGAAGAAAUAACGACUUGAAACA